AUCUGUGUUUCCUUUUUUAUUUUGAAUUAAUAAUUAUUAUGCAAAUAUAAUCUUCAAAAUAUACCAAAGUAACAUAAAAAGUACCCUAACAAGAAAACCAUCAUUCGAAUAAAAAACAGAGUAUUUAAUAGUACCAAGCAACAUAAUAUUCAUCAUCUAAUAAUAUUACAGUAUCAACAAUGGAGUUAACUUCAUCUAUACCUAGUUUACAACCAUCAUCUGUAACGAAUCAUUCAUCAAAUAUUCAAAUUUCAUCACAAUCUUCUUCCUCACCUAUAGUGGUUAAAACUUCCAAACAAUGGGUAUUACCACCAAGACCUAAACCAGGUAGAAAACCAAUAACUUCUAUAUCAACCAAUGCUUCACAUUCUCAAUCUAAUUCCAAUUCGAAUUCGAGUGUAGCAUCUCCAAUUGUUAAUAAUUCAAGUACUACCAAUUCAACUUCCAUCAAUGCGAAUCCAGAAAAGAAGAAAAAAUCAUCCUACACUAAAAAAUCAUUAAAUUCCACAAACACUAACAAUAACCAUUCAAAUAAUCAUAUAAAUUCACAAAUACUAUCUCAAUCAAGUCAUAAGUCAAACAAAUCCACCAUCAACCCUCUUAUUUCAUUAUCCCCAUCUCCUAAUGCUUCAUCUCCAUCCCCUUCAUUAAUUUUAUCUAAUUUAAAUCAAAAUAUAAAAUUAAUUGAUUCAGAGAAUUUAUCUUUAAAAUCUCAUUUAUUAAGUUUGAUUCAUGAUUAUAAACAAUUGAAAAACAUUGUUUUGGAUAAUACUAGUAAUUAUUAUUAUUAUAGUAACCCUACUUCUACUUCAAACACCAACCAAACUACUUCCACAUCUACUCCAAGUCUUACUCCAUUAACUAUUGAUAAUAAUAAUGCUCAUAAGAGAUCAUUUAACGAACAACAAUUGAUUGACAAUGAGUUUGAUAAUUAUAUCACUAUACCGAGUAAGAAGAUGAAUACCAAUGAUGAUGCUAUGGAUGUUGAUGAAGACGAAUUACUUGAUGAAGUUGAUGAAUUAGAUAAUAGUGAUAUUGAAGAUGAAGAUUUAGAACAUAAUUCUAAUUCCAAUAGUCCAUCUACAUGUAAAUUAUCUAGAACUUCAUCACCUUAUUCCGAUGAUUCAGAGAAUAAUUCAUUAAUGAGUACUUUAACUAGAUCAACUACAGUUUCAUCUUCAACUUCAUAUUUCAAUGAUAAUUCGAAAUUAAGUAAUAGAUCGAAAUUAAUUGAUUUACCUUCAUUCAAUUCAACUCAAUCUUCAUCAAUUACCAAUCCUUAUCAAUUCAAAUUCGAUGAAUUAAUGAAUCAAACCCAUAGUCAUCAAAAGGCUUCAAGUUCCGAUUUAUUCAAUCAAGAUCAAUAUAAUAUGAUCACUGAUUUCUUAGAAGAGAAAUUAAUUAAUAAUGAUGUUAAGUAUUAUGUGGAGAAUAAUAACGAUUUAUCCAAUCAUGGUGGUGCUGGUAAUGGUUCAGGAAGUUCAAAUGGUGAUAAUAACGCUUGGUGAAGACUCCCUAACACACCUUCAACCUUUUGUUUCCGAUUUUUUUUAUGUUUUAUUUACGGCUUAUGUUUUUGUUUUUGUUUGUUUAUUUGAUUGUGCUUGUGUUUCUAUUUCUACUUCCCUUUCCCCCUUUAAAAUAUGGUUUAAAAGAGCUGCUUUCACCGAAGUGAUAUCAUGCUUAAUUUGUUUGUUUGAUUAUAUUAUACUACCUAUUUAUUUAUUAUUUAUUUAUCUAUUUAUUCCUGCUGCUUAUGAUUUAACAAGAAAGAGUUUUUUAUUUUUAUUAUCAAAACUACUAUUUAAUCGAUUUGACUUUUAUACACUAUUUAUGUUCUAUAUUCUUUCCAGUUUACAUUUGUUAAUGCUUUAAAAUAAAAAAA